UUGCGGGUGCUCCAUUGCAAUUAUGAAACAUUUUGACUCCGGCUCCGCAAAUUCUUUAUCAUCACUACCCAAAGCUGUUACAGCCUCUGUCUUUAGACAUCGAGGAGAAUCAUUCUAUUUCGAAACUCCUGAAGAUCGGAGAUACAAUAUGAUUGAAAUAAUCUCCAAAUUCUUUCUGAUCUCGACUUUGUGUCUUAACAUUUGGGAACCGAUUUCAACGAAGGCCCUUACGAUUACCAAUGCGUCCUCUCCAGAAUCACGUGAAGGGAAAGCCUUGUCGUUAUUUCAAGUCAUUCAGUUCCAGAACGGUCCCUGCUCAACCGGAGGAACUCGAAAUGGAACCUGCUACACUUCUAACGAAUGCACCAGUCGAGGCGGAGCCUCUGUGGGAUCAUGCGCUAACGGCUUUGGGAUUUGUUGCGCUUUUGCCUUGGGUUGUGGAGACAUGAGUUCGGAAAACUGCACCUACCUCGUUCAAUCAACGACCUCUACCGUCGUCAAUCCAUGCAAAUUCACGAUCUGUCCCGCCAACAACGACAUCUGUCGACUUCGAUUCGAUUUCACGACCUUUAUGAUCAAUGGACCCAUCACAGCCAGUGCCGUGUCCAAUACAGCCCUCAUUGGAGCUACUAAUGCUGGAGGUGCCAUCGGCGAUUGCACAACAGACACCUUUUCCAUCACUUCGCCCAGAAACUUUGCCCCGCCGGUCAUUUGUGGAUUCAACACUGGACAACAUAUGAUUGUGGAUGUAUCGCCAGGAAAUUGCAAUGACGCCCUCUUUUCGCUCAGAGGAGCCGGAACACGCAAUUGGGACAUCAAAGUCACUCAAUAUGCUUGCGGCGACGAACAGGCAGGACCUGAUGGUUGUCUACAGUAUUUCACCGGACUCACAGGCACAGUGGCCAGCUUCAACUUUCCAACAAAUGCGGGGAUAUUGGACCCGUCAACCACGCAUCUUUCUAACCAAUGUCAGAAUAUGUGCUGGAGACAAGAGAUGAACACUUGUGGCAUUUGUUGGAUCCCUGUGAUUCUCGGGUCCGACACAAUUACGGGAUCAUUUGGCGUCAGUACUACUGCUGGAGGAAACAAAGGUCGGGGAGAAACGGAUGGCAAAUGUCGAGGAGAUUUCCUCUUGAUUCCGGAUGCUCAAACUGAUGUGCCGGGUGUGGAGGAGGAUACGUUUAUCAUUGGGAGUAUAGGAUCCAUGAGUCGAUUCAGCGAUCGACUCUGCGGACGAUUUUUCAGCACUGCCAAUGACAGAGGUGACCGGAGAUCAUCGAGAUCUGUUUGUUCCCAACAACGACCCUUCCGCAUGACAUUCAAAACGGACGAGAAUGAAGUGACCGAGACAUCUGUAGGCGACCCACCUAAUUCUGCGAAAACCAAUGAGUUGAACCGAGUUCCAGGGGGUAUUGUGGGCUUUAACCUUCAAUGGACUCUGCAAUCUUGUACUUGAAACAGUGCGUCCGUAAGAUCCAACUACGACAAGGUCACCCUGCCACUUCAUCAGCUUAUUCUAUGAAUAUCUUAUCCUUUAUACUAGUGUUGACAUUGGCUGCGAUUUCAAGUGCUCUCAAAUACAAUAAUACAGUCCGUUUUCUGUCA